AUGGCCAUGCAAAAUGGCGCCUGCAAAACGGUUCUCGCCGGAUCGAUCGCAAAAAACCUAAUCGUAGAAGUCCAAGAAGGACUGAAGACGGUCGAUCGGAAACCUCGCCUUCAUGGCUUCCUGGCCAACAAGGACCCAGCGGCGCGAAUGUAUGCCGACUGGACAGCGAAGACUUGCAGGGAGAACGGCUUCGAUUUCACCCUCCGAGAAGUAGACCGUGAAGACCUCGAGGACGAGAUACGCCAUGCCAACAACGACAAUGACGUCGACGGCAUGAUAGUCUACUACCCGGUCUUUGACUCAACGCGGGACCGUACUUUACAGUGGACCGUCAGCAUGUACAAGGACGUCGAAGGCCUCUCGCCCCAACUCAUCAGCAACAUGUACCAGAACAUCCGAUUCCUGGACCCGCCGACGAAUCUGAAGAAGUCCAUUCUUCCGUGCACCCCUCUGGCUGUCGUCAAGAUCUUGGAGCACUUGCGCAUCUACAACACAUUCUUGGACUACGGUAAGCGAUUGUUCGGGCGCAGGAUCACGGUCAUCAAUCGAAGCGAAGUCGUCGGCAGACCACUAGCAGCACUGCUAGCCAAUGAUGGCGCGGAGGUAUACAGUGUCGACGUCACUGGUGUCCAGCACUUCAGUCGCGGGACCGGGCUUCGAAAGCAGAAGCAUGAAGUCCGAGAUAUGGAAGGCUGGGGCUUGGAGCAGUGUCUGCCGAUCAGUGAGGUGGUGAUCAGCGGUGUGCCUGGCGAGAAGUACAAGGUGCCUACUGAAUCGAUCAGGGAGGGCGCUGUGUGUAUAAACUUCUCGAGCGAGAAGAACUUCAACCCAGAUGUCAAAGAAAAAGCCUCCAUCUACGUCCCGGCGAUUGGCAAGGUGACUAUCGUCAUUCUGCUGCGGAAUCUGCUGCGCGUCGUGCAGAAUCGGCCACAAGAACCAACUAAAACUUCUGAUGCCCCGGACCCCGUUCCUGGACCGUGA